GCGCUCUCCCAGACCUGGCCCACUACAUAAACGGGCUGAUGCAACGACUCCAGCUAGUCCCCGAACCCGCUGCCGAGUCCUAAAAUCCCCCCCCACACACAAAUCCUCGUUUUUUUGCUCCGUCCUCUGCGGAUUUUGUUUCGUUUUUUCAGGGCGCACAACAGUGUGCAGACACAGUUGCACCAUUGACAGAAGAACUUCUCUCUGACGGCGGGGGUGGCCGGGUUGGACAUGAUGCCAGGACAGAUACCGGACCCUUCGCUGGCGGCGGGCUCCCUGCCCAGCCUGGGCCCACUGGCGGGCAUCUCGGCCACCACGCUCACCGACCAGCUGAAACUGGCAGACUUCCACCAGCUGGGCGCCAUGUUCUCGCCGCUGCACUUCCUGGGGCGGCUGGGGAAGAGGCCGCUCGCCAUCAAGACGGAGAUGGACGAAGAUGAAGAGAGGAGGAAACGAAGGCGAGAAAAAAACAAAGUAGCAGCAGCGCGAUGCCGAAACAAGAAGAAGGAGCGAACAGACUUCCUCCAAAGGGAAUCGGAACGCCUGGAAAUGGUGAACUCGGAGCUGAAGGCCCAGAUCGAGGAGCUCCGCCUGGAGAGGCAGCAGCUCAUGGUGAUGCUCAACCUCCACCGGCCCACCUGCAUCGUGAGGACCGACAGCGUCAAAACCCCCGACAGCGAGGCCAACCCGCUGCUGGAGCAGCUGUCCUCCGACGCCAAAUGAAAGCAGCCAGGGACGGGAGGGGGAAAGCGCACCGAGUUAUCCCCGAGUGCCAUUUUACAUUUCUAAGCAAGCACUUGAGCUCCAUGCUGGACACUUUUUGGAGACUCUGCCCAAAGACCUACUGCUACACGAGCUGGCUCUGUCCAUGACAAGACUGGAAAUACCCCCGUUUCAUCUCCAGUUUCUACGCCUUGUUGUUGUUGUUGUUGUUGUUGACACCUGCUGUGCCUCGUCACGACUACAAACCAGCUACCAAAAGGGACCAAUGGACAGACUGCAAAUGACGCUUACAUCAUCAUGGUGCUCUGCUAAUAAAGGCCUGAGCAGACUGUACGCCAUCGCCUGUUUUCCUUUGUAUGCUAGUUGAAUAUACAGGUGUAGUGUCAGGAUACUCAAGUACACCGGACUUCUGAGAGUUUGUGUAGGCUGCCUGGAAACAAUGGCAGUUUGCGGUUGAUCCGACUUGUGGGACGCUGGCGUCAUGAAAUAGCACAUAUACGCAAAAAAAAAGUGUUUACACCCAUGUUGUUUGUCCAUUAUUCUACUUGUUUUAUACGGCUUUGUACACAUAAACAUGUAAAAAUGAAAUGUCAAUCACUUGAUGUGAUUUAUUCAAACUAGAGUGUGUCUCCUGUCAUGUUGCGCUGUCAAACAGCUGUGAAAACGUUUCUUUUUCUAUUUUCAGCUGAGCAGUAUUUCAAUGUCUGGACAUGUAUCUGCCUUGUAUGACUCUGUUACCCCCACCCCCCAAGUAGAUUAAAGUCUAUUUUCUAACGACUCGA